AUGUGGUCAUUUCAAUAUAAUAAAUAUCAAAGCGCAUCGGAGUCAGAGAGGUGUGGCAGGCUGAGUCAGAGAGGUGUGGGAGGGCGAGAGUCAGAGAGGUGUGGCAGGGCGAGAGUCAGAGAGGUGUGGGAGGGCGAGAGUCAGAGAGGUGUGGCAGGGCGAGGGUUGGAGAGGUGUGGCAGGGCGAGAGUGGGAGAGGUGUGGCAGGGCGAGAGUCAGAGAGGUGUGGGAGGGCGAGAGUCAGAGAGGUGUGGGAGGGCGAGGGUUGGAGAGGUGUGGCAGGGCGAGAGUGGGAGAGGUGUGGCAGGGCGAGAGUCAGAGAGGUGUGGCAGGGCGAGAGUCAGAGAGGUGUGGCAGGGCGAGAGUGGGAGAGGUGUGGCAGGGCGAGAGUCAGAGAGGUGUGGGAGGGCGAGGGUUGGAGAGGUGUGGCAGGGCGAGAGUCAGAGAGGUGUGGGAGGGCGAGAGUCAGAGAGGUGUGGCAGGGCGAGAGUCAGAGAGGUGUGGGAGGGCGAGAGUCAGAGAGGUGUGGCAGGGCGAGGGUUGGAGAGGUGUGGCAGGGCGAGAGUCAGAGAGGUGUGGCAGGGCGAGGGUUGGAGAGGUGUGGCAGGGCGAGAGUCAGAGAGGUGUGGCAGGGCGAGAGUCAGAGAGGUGUGGCAGGGCGAGAGUCAGAGAGGUGUGGCAGGGCGAGAGUGGGAGAGGUGUGGCAGGGCGAGAGUCAGAGAGGUGUGGGAGGGCGAGGGUUGGAGAGGUGUGGCAGGGCGAGAGUCAGAGAGGUGUGGCAGGGCGAGAGUUGGAGAGGUGUGGCAGGGCGAGAGUUGGAGAGGUGUGGCAGGGCGAGAGUUGGAGAGGUGUGGCAGGGCGAGAGUCAGAGAGGUGUGGCAGGGCGAGGGUUGGAGAGGUGUGGCAGGGCGAGGGUUAGAGAGGUGUGGCAGGGCGAGGGUUGGAGAGGUGUGGCAGGGCGAGAGUCAGAGAGGUGUGGCAGGGCGAGAGUCGGAGAGGUGUGGCAGGGCGAGGGUUAGAGAGGUGUGGCAGGGCGAGGGUUGGAGAGGGCGAGAGUCAGAGAGGUGUGGCAGGGCGAGGGUUGGAGAGGUGUGGCAGGGCGAGAGUCAGAGAGGUGUGGCAGGGCGAGAGUCAGAGAGGUGUGGCAGGGCGAGAGUCGGAGAGGUGUGGCAGGGCGAGAGUCAGAGAGGUGUGGCAGGGCGAGAGUUGGGAGAGGUGUGGCAGGGCGAGAGUUGGAGAGGUGUGGCAGGGCGAGAGUUAGAGAGGUGUGGCAGGGCGAGAGUCAGAGAGGUGUGGCAGGGCGAGAGUCAGAGAGGUGUGGCAGGGCGAGAGUCAGAGAGGUGUGGCAGGGCGAGGGUUGGAGAGGUGUGGCAGGGCGAGAGUCAGAGAGGUGUGGCAGGGCGAGGGUUGGAGAGGUGUGGCAGGGCGAGAGUUGGAGAGGUGUGGCAGGGCGAGAGUUGGAGAGGUGUGGCAGGGCGAGAGUCGGAGAGGUGUGGCAGGGCGAGAGUUGGAGAGGUGUGGCAGGGCGAGAAUCAGAGAGGUGUGGGGGAGGGCGAGAGUUGGAGAGGUGUGGCAGGGCGAGAGUCAGAGAGGUGUGGCAGGGCGAGGGUUGGAGAGGUGUGGCAGGGCGAGAGUGGGAGAGGUGUGGCAGGGCGAGAGUCAGAGAGGUGUGGCAGGGCGAGAGUCAGAGAGGUGUGGCAGGGCGAGAGUGGGAGAGGUGUGGCAGGGCGAGAGUCAGAGAGGUGUGGCAGGGCGAGGGUUGGAGAGGUGUGGCAGGGCGAGAGUCAGAGAGGUGUGGCAGGGCGAGAGUCAGAGAGGGCGAGAGUCAGAGAGGUGUGGCAGGGCGAGAGUCAGAGAGGUGUGGGAGGGGCGAGGGUUGGAGAGGUGUGGCAGGGCGAGAGUGGGAGAGGUGUGGCAGGGCGAGAGUCAGAGAGGUGUGGCAGGGCGAGAGUGGGAGAGGUGUGGCAGGGCGAGAGUCAGAGAGGUGUGGCAGGGCGAGGGUUGGAGAGGUGUGGCAGGGCGAGAGUCAGAGAGGUGUGGCAGGGCGAGAGUCAGAGAGGUGCGGCAGGGCGAGAGUCAGAGAGGUGUGGCAGGGCGAGGGUUAGAGAGGUGUGGCAGGGCGAGAGUUGGAGAGGUGUGGCAGGGCGAGAGUUGGAGAGGUGUGGCAGGGCGAGAGUAGGAGAGGUGUGGCAGGGCGAGAGUUGGAGAGGUGUGGCAGGGCGAGAAUCCAGAGAGGUGUGGGAGGGCGAGAGUUGGAGAGGUGUGGCAGGGCGAGGGUUGGAGAGGUGUGGCAGGGCGAGAGUCGGAGAGGUGUGGCAGGGCGAGAGUUGGAGAGGUGUGGGAGGGCGAGAGUUGGAGAGGUGUGGCAGGGCGAGAGUCAGAGAGGUGUGGCAGGGCGAGAGUUGGAGAGGUGUGGCAGGGCGAGAGUGGGAGAGGUGUGGCAGGGCGAGAGUCAGAGAGGUGUGGGAGGGCGAGGGUUGGAGAGGUGUGGCAGGGCGAGAGUCAGAAAGGUGUGGCAGGGCGAGGGUUGGAGAGGUGUGGCAGGGCGAGAGUCGGAGAGGUGUGGCAGGGCGAGAGUUGGAGAGGUGUGGGAGGGCGAGAGUCGGAGAGGUGUGGCAGGGCAGAGUCAGAGAGGUGUGGCAGGGCGAGAGUCAGAGAGGUGUGGCAGGGCGAGGGUUAGAGAGGUGUGGCAGGGCGAGAGUCAGAGAGGUGUGGGAGGGCGAGGGUUGGAGAGGUGUGGGAGGGCGAGAGUUGGAGAGGUGUGGCAGGGCGAGAGUUGGAGAGGUGUGGCAGGGCGAGAGUCAGAGAGGUGUGGGAGGGCGAGAGUCAGAGAGGUGUGGCAGGGCGAGAGUCAGAGAGGUGUGGGAGGGCGAGGGUUGGAGAGGUGUGGGAGGGCGAGAGUUGGAGAGGUGUGGCAGGGCGAGAGUCAGAGAGGUGUGGGAGGGCGAGGGUUGGAGAGGUGUGGCAGGGCGAGGGUUGGAGAGGUGUGGCAGGGCGAGAGUCAGAGAGGUGUGGCAGGGCGAGAGUCAGAGAGGUGUGGGAGGGCGAGAGUUGGAGAGGUGUGGCAGGGCGAGAGUCAGAGAGGUGUGGGAGGGCGAGAGUCAGAGAGGUGUGGGAGGGCGAGGGUUGGAGAGGUGUGGCAGGGCGAGAGUGGGAGAGGUGUGGCAGGGCGAGAGUCAGAGAGGUGUGGGAGGGCGAGGGUUGGAGAGGUGUGGCAGGGCGAGAGUUGGAGAGGUGUGGCAGGGCGAGAGUCGGAGAGGUGUGGCAGGGCGAGGGUUGGAGAGGUGUGGCAGGGCGAGAGUUGGAGAGGUGUGGCAGGGCGAGAGUCGGAGAGGUGUGGGAGGGCGAGAGUCGGAGAGGUGUGGCAGGGCGAGAGUCGGAGAGGUGCGGCAGGGCGAGAGUUGGAGAGGUGUGGCAGGGCGAGAGUCGGAGAGGUGUGGGAGGGCGAGAGUCGGAGAGGUGUGGGAGGGCGAGAGUCGGAGAGGUGUGGCAGGGCAGAGUCAGAGAGGUGUGGCAGGGCGAGAGUCAGAGAGGUGUGGCAGGGCGAGGGUUAGAGAGGUGUGGCAGGGCGAGAGUCAGAGAGGUGUGGGAGGGCGAGGGUUGGAGAGGUGUGGGAGGGCGAGAGUUGGAGAGGUGUGGCAGGGCGAGAGUCAGAGAGGUGUGGCAGGGCGAGAGUCAGAGAGGUGUGGGAGGGCGAGAGUCAGAGAGGUGUGGCAGGGCGAGAGUCAGAGAGGUGUGGGAGGGCGAGGGUUGGGAGAGGUGUGGGAGGGCGAGAGUUGGAGAGGUGUGGGAGGGCGAGGGUUGGAGAGGUGUGGCAGGGCGAGGGUUGGAGAGGUGUGGCAGGGCGAGAGUCAGAGAGGUGUGGCAGGGCGAGAGUCAGAGAGGUGUGGGAGGGCGAGAGUUGGAGAGGUGUGGCAGGGCGAGAGUCAGAGAGGUGUGGGAGGGCGAGAGUCAGAGAGGUGUGGCAGGGCGAGAGUCAGAGAGGUGUGGGAGGGCGAGGGUUGGAGAGGUGUGGGAGGGCGAGAGUUGGAGAGGUGUGGGAGGGCGAGGGUUGGAGAGGUGUGGCAGGGCGAGGGUUGGAGAGGUGUGGCAGGGCGAGAGUCAGAGAGGUGUGGCAGGGCGAGAGUCAGAGAGGUGUGGGAGGGCGAGAGUUGGAGAGGUGUGGCAGGGCGAGAGUCAGAGAGGUGUGGGAGGGCGAGAGUCAGAGAGGUGUGGAGGGCGAGGGUUGGAGAGGUGUGGCAGGGCGAGAGUCAGAGAGGUGUGGCAGGGCGAGAGUCAGAGAGGUGUGGCAGGGCGAGAGUCGGAGAGGUGUGGGAGGGCGAGGGUUGGAGAGGUGUGGCAGGGCGAGAGUUGGAGAGGUGUGGCAGGGCGAGAGUCAGAGAGGUGUGGGAGGGCGAGGGUUGGAGAGGUGUGGCAGGGCGAGAGUUGGAGAGGUGUGGCAGGGCGAGAGUCGGAGAGGUGUGGGAGGGCGAGGGUUGGAGAGGUGUGGCAGGGCGAGAGUUGGAGAGGUGUGGCAGGGCGAGAGUCGGAGAGGUGUGGGAGGGCGAGAGUCGGAGAGGUGUGGCAGGGCGAGAGUCGGAGAGGUGCGGCAGGGCGAGAGUUGGAGAGGUGUGGCAGGGCGAGAGUCGGAGAGGUGUGGGAGGGCGAGAGUCGGAGAGGUGUGGGAGGGCGAGGGUUGGAGAGGUGCAGUAA